GCCCCACCUGUGUCACUCCUCCUGGGAUAGAGAAAUAGCCAGCUGCUGCCCCCUGGCUCUCCGCUGCCUCUUCUCUCACUGCCCCUCUGUAUCUGCUCCAGCCAGGAACCAUUAGCCCCACCGCCCCAUCAGCUGCCACUUACCCGCAGAGAAGGACGGCUGGACCCUGAGACCUGCCCUCCCGCUUUGGGCUGGACGGAACCAACUAGCAACACACAAGCGUAUGCCAAGGUGUACAACACAAGAAGCAUCAGAAUGGAGAACAUCACACAGAUCUCCAGAGAAGACCUGGAGGAACUGAGAGAGGCCUUCAACAGAAUUGACAUUGACAACAGUGGGUAUGUGAGUGACUUUGAGCUGCAGGAGCUUUUCCGGGAGGCCAGCUUCUCCCUGCCGGGCUACAGAGUGAGGGAGAUCGUUGAGACCUUCAUCGCUGGAGACACCAACAAGGACGAGAAGAUCAGCUUCGAAGAGUUUGUGUCUAUCUACCAGGAGCUGAAGAGCAAGGAGUUCAGUGAGAGUUUCAGGAAGAUCAUCGCUAGGAAAGAUGGGAUUCGCUCAUUUGGAGGGAUGUCGGGAAUCUCCAGCGAGGGAACACAGCACUCCUACUCCGAUGAGGAGAAGGUGGCGUUUGUUAACUGGAUCAACAAAGCCCUUGACAAGGACCCAGACUGCAGCCACCUGCUGCCCAUGAACCCUCAGAACGACAGCCUCUUCAAGUCUGUACGGGACGGCAUCCUACUCUGUAAAAUGGUCAACUUGUCUCAGAAUGACACUAUUGACGAGAGAGUCAUCAACACCAAGAAGAUGUCCACCUUCACCAUGACUGAGAACCUGGUCCUCGCCCUGAACUCGGCGUCGGCCAUAGGCUGCACGGUGGUGAACAUUGACGCCAGCGACCUGAUGGCUGGGAAACCCCACCUGGUUCUGGGGCUCCUCUGGCAGAUCAUCAAGACCGGCCUGCUGGCCGACAUCGAGAUCGGCAGGAAUGAGGCUCUGAUUGGUCUCCUGGGCGAAGGAGAGGACCUAGACCAUCUCCUGUCCAUCUCCCCUGAGGAGCUGCUCCUGCGCUGGGUCAACACACACCUGACCAACGCAGGCACCCAGACCAUUAGGAACUUCAGCGAGGACAUCAAGGACUCCAGGGCCUAUUUCUACCUGUUGGACCAGAUCUCCCCUAAAGGAGAGCGAGAGGACGAGCUGGCGGUGAUCAUUGACAUGAGUGGUCUCCGCGAGCGAGACCUUAACCAGAGGGCAGAGCUUAUGCUCAAGCAGGCGGCCAGGAUGGAAUGCAGGCAGUUUGUGUCCCCUCACGACGUCACCUCCGGGAACAGCAAGCUGAACCUGGCCUUCGUGGCCAACCUGUAUCACAUGCACCCCUCGCUGCCCAACAACAACGUGGACCCCGACAUGCACAUAGAGGCUGAAUCCAGGGAGGAGAAAACCUUCAGGAACUGGAUGAACUCAUUGGGUGUAGCGCCCUACGUCCAUCAUCUGUACAGGGAUCUGCGUGACAGCAUGGUGAUUUUCCAGCUCUUUGAGAAGAUGAACGUAUCUGUUGACUGGAAGAAGGUUAACCCAUCUCCAUACCCUGUUUUAGGGGCUAACAUGAAGAAGCUGGAGAACUGUAACUACGCGGUGGAGCUGGGAAAGGAGGCAGCUCAAUUCUCAUUGGUCGGUGUUGGAGGAGUGAACCUGAACGAGGGCAGUUCCUUGCACACCCUGGCACUGCUCUGGCAACUGAUGAGGAGGUACACAGUGAUGGUGCUCUCAGACCUUGGCGAAGGACAGAAGAUCGGGGAUCAGAUCAUCCUCAACUGGGUGAACACGACGUUGACCCAAGGACGCAAGAACACACAGAUCACCAGCUUCAAUGACAAGCUGAUUAGUACCAGUCUACCAGUGCUGGACCUUAUCGACACCAUUGUUCCCAGUGCCGUCAAGCAGGAGAUGAUCAAGAGAGCAGAGAAGGGAGUUCUCAGUGAAACUGACAAAUUCAACAAUGCCAAGUAUGCCAUCUCCAUGGCCCGUAAAAUCGGAGCGAGGGUCUACGCGCUUCCCGACGACCUUGUGGAGGUCAAGACCAAGAUGGUUCUCACCGUGUUCGCCUGCCUCAUGGGCCGCUGGAUGAAGAAGGCCGAGCGCUGAUCAACUUCCCCUCCCUCACGCACACUCACAGACACACACACACACACACACACACACACACACACACACACACACACACACACACACACACACACACACACACACACACACACACACACACACACACACACACACACACACACACACACACACAAAUCAUCAGCCAGCCUUCCUCAAAACAGCAUUGAAUCCUCUAUUUAUAAUGUUCAAUUAGUUCUGCUAAUAAUAAUGCUAUUGCUAAUAAUAGCACUAAUAGUCAAUGUGUAGAUAUCAUUGAUGCAUAUUCUCUGAGUUGUUCAUGCAUGUCAACACACAUACUAGUAAAAUCACUUAAUAAUCUGGCAUUGCUGUUAUAUCUCAAUAACUUUUUUCUGCCUGUGCUGUGUAUGCUUGUGUUGUCCCCCCUGUCUGUAAUACCCCCCCCCCCCCUUCUUUGCCUGUAAAUGAAAAUGUGUCCUGCUUGUACUGUCCCCCUGUCUGUAAUACCCCCCCCCCCCCCCCCCUCUAUGACUUUGUAAUCUGCGACUUUGGGUAUCUGAAAAGCGCAAUAUAAAAUAAAGAUAUUAUUAUUAUUGUAAUGACCCUGAUAUUUCUGGUUUUUGAAUGUUUUGCGAUUUUAUUUUUUGGAGGUUAAUAUGAGGUUAUUGUAUUGUAUUACAUUUGAUGUAAUCUGUAUCAUAUACCUUUGCUAAAGAGCGGCAAAACUAUGAUUACUAACAUGUGACUAUUGCAAAAGUCUGUAAAUGUUGAAAAAUGAUGAAUACAAUUAUUUAAUUAUUAAACAGAAUACACAAAAUACGAAA